CCGUGCCCAAAACGCAUCACAUAUACAUGGGUAACACAGAUUAUGAUUACCCUUCGGUCAUAAACGUUGAGGGCGUGCACCGUGUGGCCAUCCCUCCACCUCAACCGUUCUUUAAGUCUCUCAAGAACUCUCUGAAAGAGACCUUCUUCCCAGAUGACCCAUUGAAAAAGUUCAAGGACCAACCAGCCUCCAAGAGGGUCGUGCUUGGCUUUCAAUACUUCUUCCCAAUGUUAGAGUGGGCACCACAAUACACCCUCCAAUUCUUGAAAUCAGACCUUAUAGCUGGCAUCACCAUUGCUAGUUUGGCUAUUCCUCAAGGCAUCAGUUACGCCAAGCUAGCCAACCUCCCUCCAAUUCUUGGACUUUAUUCGAGCUUUAUACCACCAUUGAUUUAUGCCAUGAUGGGAAGUUCCAGGGAUUUGGCAGUGGGAACUGUGGCUGUUGGAUCGCUUCUCAUGGCUUCCAUGUUGGGUCGUGAGGUUAAUCCCAACCAGAACCCAACACUUUUUCUCCACCUUGCUUUCACAGCUACAUUCUUUGCUGGAGUUUUGCAGGCAUCACUGGGUCUGUUUAGGCUAGGGUUUAUCGUGGAUUUUCUGUCACAUGCAGCCAUAGUAGGGUUCAUGGGAGGAGCAGCCACGGUGGUUUGCCUGCAACAGCUAAAAUCGAUUCUGGGCCUUGAGCAUUUUACCCACGAGGCAGAUCUCGUGUCAGUAAUGCGCUCUGUUUUUACCCAAACUCAUGAGUGGAGGUGGGAAAGCGCUGUGUUAGGAUGCUGCUUUAUUUUCUUCCUUCUCAUCACAAGAUACUUCAGCAAACGACAACCGAAGUUCUUCUGGGUGUCAGCAAUGGCGCCUUUGACGUCCGUUAUAUUGGGCAGUUUGCUAGUUUAUCUCACACACGCCGAGAAGCACGGCGUUCAAGUGAUUGGAGAAUUGAAGAAGGGGCUAAAUCCACCUUCGGUCAUGGAUUUGGUGUUUGUAUCGCCUUAUAUGAGCACAACUAUCAAAACUGGACUUAUUAUCGGCAUUAUAGCGCUUGCGGAAGGAAUAGCAGUGGGGAGAAGCUUUGCAAUGUUUAAGAAUUACCAUAUUGAUGGCAACAAAGAGAUGAUAGCUAUUGGGACCAUGAACAUUUUUGGUUCGUUCACCUCUUGUUACCUCACAACAGGACCAUUUUCGCGUUCUGCUGUGAACUACAAUGCCGGUUGCAAGACAGCAGCAUCAAACAUUGUAAUGUCAAUUGCUGUCAUGUUGACAUUGUUAUUCUUGACACCCUUGUUCCAUUACACUCCCCUGGUGGUGCUAUCAGCCAUCAUUGUUUCUGCAAUGCUCGGGCUCUUAGAUUAUCAAGCAGUCAUCCAUUUGUGGAAAAUUGACAAAUUUGACUUUUUAGUGUGCAUCAGUGCAUAUAUUGGCGUAGUCUUUGGGAGUGUUGAGAUUGGCUUAGUUAUAGCAGUUGCAAUAUCAUUACUUCGAGUACUACUAUUUGUUGCAAGGCCGAGAACAUUUCUUUUAGGCAACAUUCCAAAUUCGGUAGCAUACAGAAAUGUAGAACAAUAUCCAAAUGCAAGUCAUAUUCCUGGAAUCCUGAUUCUUGAAAUUGAUGCACCCAUUUACUUUGCCAAUGCAAGCUAUUUAAGAGAGAGGAUCACAAGGUGGAUUGAUGAAGAGGAAGACAGAAUAAAAACUUCAGGGAAAACCAGUUUGCAGUAUGUUAUAAUGGAUAUGACUGCUGUUGGGAACAUUGAUACAAGUGGAAUAAGCAUGCUUGAAGAGUUCAAGAAGACUAAUGACAGAAGAGGGCUACAACUAGUUUUGGUCAAUCCUGGAAGCGAGGUUAUGAAGAAGCUGAACAAAUCAAAGUUCCUUGAUGAAUUGGGGCAUAAAUGGAUCUAUCUGACAGUUGAUGAGGCUGUUGGAGCAUGCAACUUCAUGCUCCAUACAUACAAACCGAACCACGUGAAAGAUGAAUCAGGGGGUUGUAACAGUGUCUGAGCCAUGCAAUAAAGCAGUGUUUGAUCAAGUAAAGCUUACAAGUUUUCAUCUCAGCUAAGUUACCUUUCACAGUAUGUGGCAUUAGAGUUUGUGAAUCAUGCUGCAGAAGAUUUAGAGGCA